UGCACUAGUUCAGCAGUGCAGCUAAAAAGAACAGACCUAUUGUGAUCACAUAGUACACGGGACAGAACCCCGGGGGGGGGAGGGGCGAAGCGGGCUGAAAACGAUGCGUAUGUGUCCGGGGCUCCUUAAGGGAUUCUCACCCUCUCGCCUAGAUCUCCAUUUGUGUGGAAAAUUUGUGUAAAAUUAUUAAACUUCUUUUGUUAUUAACUUUUUUAAUAAACAAUGACAGACGAGUAAAACCUUCUGUACGUUACUUAAGGUCCUCUAUAACAUAUGUUAAAGUGAACAUGAACGGAGCUGCUUCUCCUAAUAUAUAUAAUUACACGAAAAAAUCGAUAUCUCGAAAACCAAUAGAGAUAUCGAUUUAAAACUUUCAGAUUCUUUUUUCCCAUCCAAAAUCCUAUAAGAAUCCACUGUCACACUUUGGGACCACGAAAAUUAUAAUCUUGCCGAAGAUCCGGAAAACUAUGUUGGAAAACAAUAGUUAUUGUAAAAAAAUAUGAAGGGUGUAUUAUUAUGAACGUUUUAGUUUAUACCGGUUCUGCGCGAGAUAUACCACAAGACGAUCCAAUUGGUGUUGCGGGCGCUGUUGUAAAAAAACUGAUGCAAAAUUAUCAAAGAAAAAAUCAUCUUUUGUAUACCGAUAAUUGGUACACCAGUCCAAAGUUAGCGGCUUAUUUGGUCCAAAAUGGUAUAGGAUUAUGUGGCACUGUGAAAAACAACUGAAGACAUUUCUCUAGAUUUACAAGACUAAGGCGCGGUGAAAUAAAAUGGAAAAAGUUUAGAAAAAUUUUAGCUCUGAAAUGAAAAGAUAAAAGAGAUGUUCAUUUUAUCACCACAUUUCAUAGAGGAAGAUUGGUGGAUAGUGGGAAAGUGAAUCAUCGGACAAAUGAAAGAAUUAUGAAACCAGACUGUGUGCUUGAUUAUACAAAAAAUAUGAGACUAGUUGAUAAAGCUGACAUGCAGUUGUCUUUUGUUGAAUGUGUCCGUAAAUCUGUGAAGUGGUACAAAAAAUUCUUUUUUCAUUUGUUGGAUUUGUCAAUUUUGAAUUCGUACAAUUUGUAUUUAGUUAAAACAGGAAAUAAUACCUUGCCACUGAAACAUUUUAUAAGGAAUAUAAUUCGACAAAUUUUAGAGACAUGGUACUCUUACUGCAGUUAGUCUGGUACAAGAAGCGGAGAACACCUUGACCGUUUAGCUGCAACAAAUUUUAUGGAAAGGCAUUUCCUGGAUAAUGUUCCGCCAACUGUUGGUAGAAGAAAAGGACAACAAAUAUGUCAUGUUUGCUCUCAUACUAAUAGAGGUGAUCGAAAGCGAAAAUAUGUUACAACAUGGUGUCCAGAAUGUCAAGUAGGACUUUGUGUGGGAAAUUGUUAUAAAAUUUAUCACACCAGAAAAAAGUUUUGAAAGAAAAAUUUUGA